AUGCAGAAGAUUCUGUGCAAGAGCACCACUGUUUCAACCCCUGUUCUCUCUGCUCCGGCCAACUCUUUCGCCGCCGGUUUUAUCUCGACACAACCCAUCGCUGUACCUUCUCUCCUCUCUCUAGGGUUUAAGAGUUCCUGCAAAAAUCCUACUCUCUGCUCCACUCCCAAACCAUUCUCUACUUCCGCUAUGCCGAUGAGCACGGCCUCUAUUUCUACAGGAAAUGGCGUUUUCUAUGGGUUUCUGCAGAGAAACCGUGUUCACAGAGCGGCGGCUCCGCUACGGUUCUCAACCGCUGGAUACCGAACUUGCCGGUGCUCAAUCGACGGUAGAAUCCGUAGUACGAACCGGGCCUGGGUCGGUCAAAGCGGGACGUGGCGUUCGUUGUUCUACUCCGAGUCUAAUGGUGGUUCGAGCUCGGUUAACGCUGCUGUGGUUGAGGGUGUUGGAGGCUCAGAUUCUGACGGAGAAGAUGACGACGGAGAAAAGGGUUCUACGGAUAAGGUUGAGAAACCGGCGAGGAUGAGCCGUAGAAAUCGCAGCUCUAACGGAAGUGGUGAGUUUUCCGGUAACCCAGAUUUGCUGAAGAUCCCUGGUGUGGGUCUAAGGAAUCAGAGAAAGCUUGUUGAUAAUGGUAUUGGAGGUGUUGCAGAGCUCAAGAAGCUCUACAAAGAUAAGUUUUGGAAAGCAAGCGAGAAGAUGGUUGAUUAUCUCCGGAGCUCUGUAGGGAUUGUGCACAGGAACCACGCGGAGAGCAUAACAACGUUCAUCAAAGAGAGUGUGGACGAUGAGCUCAAGGAUUCAGGUCCCGAGCCUAACCUAAACGCAAAGAAACGUUUGACGUUUUGUGUUGAAGGGAACAUCAGUGUGGGCAAAUCAACUUUUCUCCAGAGGAUAGCGAACGAAACGGUCGAGCUAAGAGACCUCGUCGAGAUCGUUCCUGAGCCAGUUGAUAAGUGGCAAGAUGUUGGACCUGACCACUUCAAUAUAUUGGAUGCUUUCUACUCCGAGCCACAGAGGUAUGCUUAUACUUUCCAGAACUAUGUGUUCGUCACUCGGCUGAUGCAGGAGAAAGAGUCUGCUUCAGGGAUCAAACCUCUGAGGUUGAUGGAGAGGAGUGUCUUCAGUGAUAGAAUGGUGUUUGUGCGAGCGGUUCAUGAAGCGAAAUGGAUGAAUGAGAUGGAGAUAAGCAUCUACGACUCGUGGUUCGAUCCGGUCGUCUCUGCAUUACCUGGACUUGUCCCUGACGGGUUUAUAUACUUGAGGGCGAGUCCAGACACUUGCCACAAGCGGAUGAUGCUCAGGAAACGAGCAGAGGAAGGCGGAGUCUCCCUGAAAUACCUCCAGGAUCUGCACGAGAAGCACGAGAGCUGGCUCCUCCCGUUCGAGAGCGGAAACCACGGGAUCUUGUCUGUUAGGAAACCGUCAUUACAAAUGGACAACUCUCUUCAUCCUGAUAUCAAAGACCGUGUCUUUUACUUGGAAGGAAACCAUAUGCAUUCGAGCAUCCAAAAGGUCCCUGCUCUGGUUUUGGACUGUGAACCAAAUAUCGACUUCAGCCAAGAUAGUGAAGCAAAGAGACAGUACGCACGCCAGGUUGCUGAGUUCUUUGAGUUUGUGAAGAAGAAGCAAGAAACGUCACAAGAGAAGAGCAACACUCAGUCUCCUCUGCUGAUGCCUCCUCAUAAUGGAGGUCUCUGGAUGGGACCAGAAGGCAAGCAUGUCCCGGGAUUGGAACUCCCGUCUCUGGAUUUUAGUAAGGCGAUGUCGCUCUUAACCAGACCGUCUGCGUGA